AUAUGAAGUACAGAGAAAGAGUGUGCAAGAAACGGAUAAGAAAUGUGGCUUCUUCAGCUCCCUCCGAAGCUCUCAACCCCAUUUCUGACCGGCCACUCCCAUGGCUCGAACCUUCUCUCGAAACCCAAUUCCGGCGUGGUUAGGCCCCAAUGGGCACCGCCGUGUUCCGUCCCUCAAAUAAAAGCGAUGAAGACAAUGCAGGGAAAGGUGGUGUGCUCCAGCAGCGAUAAGACGGUGGCUGUGGAGGUGGUCAGGGUGGCCAUUCACCCAAAGUACAAGAGGCGCUUCAGGAAGAAGAAGAAGUACCAGGCCCACGACCCAGAUAACCAAUUCAAAGUGGGCGACAUCGUUCAGCUCCAGAAGACCAGGCCCAUCAGCAAGACCAAGACUUUUCUAGCCCUCCCCGCUCCCCAACGGCGUUCCAACGAACCCUCUCAGCGGGAAGAGAUUUUCAUCGAUUUCGAGUCUUUCGAGUCUUUCGGGUCCGAGUCUCAGUCCUAGACUCUCCUCAAUUUCACUCUCAUGCGUAUUUUAUCCAAUCUUUUUUUUUUCUCUUUCCGCUUUGUGUGUUGUAAUUUCCAUGGUGCAACUCUUUCGUGUUAGUGCACUGUUUAUAUGUGCAAUUCUUAUCAUUCUAACUACGGCUAUCAUAUAUAAUCGUCUUUUGCUUUAA